UAAAAGGAAAUCCAUGUUCAAGUUGAGUCGUUAGCAACUUUUCUUCUUUCAUGUUGUGUUCGUGGAGUAGGGCUUUGCUUGCAGACUUGUAAAGCUAUGCUAGUAUGUGUUCGCUUGUUUUGGAGUGCCAAUGUCAAGCGUUUCAUAUUCUGGCUUUCAGAUGCUGAAUAAUAUGAAAUGGUCGAUGUUUUCACUUCCCAUAUUUGCAAAAUUUCUCCACGCGUCGCGUGAUAUUGUCAAUCUAUUAUCUGCCUUUUAGAUCAUAACGAGACGGGCAAGCCUGGCCCUUCUGGUGAUGGUGUUCUAACAAACUUGUUUCCUCCCGAGUUCGAUAAUAUUAGCUCUAGCCGAGCUUCGAAAUAUACGGACACUUAUGAUCCGCUUAGAAUAAGAAUAGCGUUCGAACAAGAAUUGUUGUCUAGUAUUACGCGUGAAAAUGGAUUCAUUUUUUCGGAGUAUGACUGUACAGUAAUCGGGGUAGUGCAGAACUUGUCUACGUUUAUUGCGGCGUGUAUGUUGGUAGUGCCACUGCCUGCAUGCUGUAUGUUGUAUGUAAGGUAGAACCAACUUCUAUAAGUGUCUGCUAAUACAAAGGAAUCACUCCACGAAUACACCAUGAUGCGGGAAAAUCCCAUUCAAGAUCAGCAACAGUAUUAUAGCAAAUAGUAUCUUGAGUUUUCUCUUGAGAAUGUCUGUGUUUAGUAUCUGACGUGGGCUGACUGCACUUGUGAAUCAGAUGACCGAAGUGCAGACUACCACCACACAAUGCUAAUGAGGAUUGCCAGUGACAGAGACCCCCUUCCCCCACGACUGCUUUACAUUUAGACACCUGUGAAUCAGAUGACCUAAGUGCACUAACUCCUACCACCACACAAUGCGAAUGAGGAUUGCCAUUGACAGUGACACCCUUCCCCCCACGACUGCUUUACAUUUAGACUAAAAGUUCCAGUACUUCUAUGCCUGUGACAAAUAAAAGUACUUGUAAAAUAAUACUUCACUUACCCUGGCCCUGUAUGCUUAUUUGGCUAUCCACUCCCCUUUACAUGUAAAGUAGACAAAUACGUUUACAUGGAACAGUAGAAAAUGUAAUGUUUUUUCCCCCUCUAGCUACAAGAAGGUGCAUGUGGUAUCAACACCAUCAUCAUCAGUUACAUUUAUGUAUGUGUUACUACUAUGUACCCACAUUAGGUUGGAGCAAACCACAAAGAUGUUGUUCCAUGGAUCAAGGACAUUGUGAACCACUUUUGGUAUUGCAGCAAGCACGCCAACACCGUGGAUGUGUUCUUGACAAUGUGGUGUGGUGUUGUAUGCCAUGUGGUGAACAAGCACUCCUGGCUUGGAGGAAGAUGUGAUCAUCUCCCACUGGAUGAAGGCAGCCAGAAUAAGCCCUGGCUCAGAAAAGGUGGAGCUGAUCACGAGGCACUCAUCCAAGUUGUGCUGGACAAAAGAUGGCUGGACCAGGUGAAGAAGUUCCUAAACUUCCGGACCACCUCUGACUUGGAGAACUUCCAAAACCACAUACUGAUGUAUGCUUCCAAGCGCAUGUCGUACACGCCUUUUGUCUACAAGACCCGGACUCUACUGGCCGCCAUUGACUACAACAAGCAUAAUGGACGUCGCCCUGCACAGAACCGGGAAGGGAAAAUAAUCUACAGGCGCAAAUACAGCAAGAAGUCAGAGCACUGGAGCGUCUACGCAGUGAAGGAAACAAAGCAAUACUCCUACAUUCCGGACCUGCAGAGGGCCAUUGUGAAGAGAAGACUGGAAAGUGGGACAGGCCUUCCCCGAAAACAGACAAUGAGACCAGACGACCCAAGGCGUUUGGGAGUACUUGCCAAGGAGCAGCCGCCACCUACAGCAGAACUCGUAAGGAUCCAGGUGUCUCGAGGGGACAGGAGUCCCAGACAACAGGAUGAAGAUGAAACUACUCAAGCUAAUGUUUAGUGUUUGUAAAUAAAAUAAAGACU